AUGGAGUACGAUUUCAGCCACUUACGAGAACCAGUCGGUGCAAAUGGCGAGGAAUUAAUCAUCGAAUACCCAAGCAGAAGAGGUGAGAAGGUGAAAGGCAGGCCAAAGCCAAAGAAUGCGCCAGUGUCAGGCGGCUCAGCUGCCACGUCCACUACUGGAAAGGACGCCCCUGCUUCCAAGACGCGUACGACGGGCAAUACUCAUCCACGAAAGCAGCCAUUCAAGUCACAGGUCUCAUAUGAUGGCUAUCCAGACGCCACGGCGCCCGUGCCGCCGGAGCUGACACUGUACGAAGUCUGCCAGAAGAUGCCGAACUCUCUACGCGAAAACACCUUGCAGGCGUUCCUGCAGGCAGAAUGGUCUGCCAAUGAGCUGUUUACGUGUCUUCCCACGGACGUGCAGGAUAUUUUGAAGGCUCGGCCUGGCAAAGACAAGACCAUGAUUUAUCAGAAACGGCUGGAACGUAUGAAGAAGGAUUUGGAGGCAAAGGGGGAGUUGCAAGCGCUCAUGGCUGCCCCAAAGUUGCGUGCUGAUGGCAGGCCGAACUACGUCAAGCGUGGGAACAUUCGACGGAGCUAG